AUGCUAAGUAAUAGAUCGGGUUCAAUUCCCAAAUCAUCUUCUGCACAUGGCCCAUCUGAUAAUCAACCUAAACAAAUAUGUAUUUUAAUCGACACAACAACAGGAAUGAAGACAUAUUUUGCCUACUUUUUAAACAGAGUCAUUGUGCCCUACAUGUUGUAUUUGAGAAAUAAGAAUACGGAAUUUUCUGCUGUUUUAUUUCAAAAUUAUCCACCAAAUGGUGAUUUUUUGGUAAAGGUAAUUCCUUUCAUUAAAGAUUAUUCCACAUUUUACCAAAUUUUGGAAGGAUUGAAGGAAAAAUUCUAUGCUGGUGGUAUUGCCCAUAGUUGUGUCAGUGAAGCUCUUGCAACUUCAAUCACUGAUUUGGAAUGGGACAAGGAUGCUUUAAAGUAUGUGAUGAUUUGUUCAUCCACUCCAUCAGAGCACCCUUGCAUUUUGAAUGGAAUGUAUGUUGGAAAGAAUGCAAUGGAAAUUGUAAAAGAUAUGGUCAAGAAGGGUCUUAUUAUCUCAAUACUCUCCCCUAGCAUUUCAAGAAAAUGGAAAAAAAUAACAGAGGCUUGCAAGCUAGAUCCACAAUCAAUGGUUACCUCUAACACAAGUAAUUCUACAGAUCCUUUCAGUAUUAGUGAAGGAUUAUCGAGACUCAUUCUAGAUGCUAUGAAUUUACAUUAUCCCAAUACAGAAUAUGGUCUUUUGAUAGAUUUGAGAGGAGUUGAAAAAGACAAACUCAAACUGCAACCUUUGGAGAAGAAUGACAAGAAUGAAAAGAAUGAUGAUUCAAACAGUAAUGCCAGCGCUAAUACCAACAAUAGUAGCAUCAACACAAAUGCCUCCAACACAACCCAUAUCAAAACAGAAAAGGAUGUUACUCCAAAGUUGCCACCAAAAGCCAGUGUUGCUAAAGGUGUUGUAAUUCCUCCUGUCAUUACAACUGUCACAACUCCACCACCAAGCUUUCUGGCUCCAAGUACUGCACCAACUACAGUUAGCUCAGCAACCAAUAAUACCUCAACCACACCUCCAACCACUGUAACCACUCCCAACAAUCAAUCAACUACCACAACUCCAACAAAUGGAAGUACUCCUACCAAUUCAACCACAUCUGGAACUACUUCAACUCCAAAUUCUACAGGAAGCACACCUAGUGGAAAUUCUACAUCUAGUACUGCUGCCAAAACUAUUAAUGACUACACAAUUGGUCCUAACCAUGUACAAAUUCACAAAUUAACAUUCAGUAUUGAUUCUCCUAACUCUAUUAUUGGACAUUUGGAAGGUUAUGCUAAAAGUGAAAUUGUUGUUGAUUCCAGUAAAUGGCCAAAAGAUAUCAAGAUUACCAAGAAUCUCAUGUCCCUUAAAACUAGUAUAAUUGCAAAUCUUGUAAAGAAGGAUAUGAAAGUUCAUUUAUGGAAAUUAACACCGUCAACCCAGGCAACUAAAAUUCCAACUCUAUUGAACAAUAUGGCCAAGAAGAAAUAUUUCAUUACUGCUCCAAUUGAUGACAAGUCAUCCCUAUUACUAUUCCCUUAUCAAUACUUGAAGAUAUACUUUGAUAAAACAAAGGAACAGGAAACCAUCACCGCCAACACCAUUGCCUCUGAACCUGUUUUUGUAUCAUUCCCAAUAGGUACUGAACUGAUUGAAAAAUGUUCAGAAAAGCCACCACCAACACAACCACAACCAUCUCAAGCAUUACCACCAAACUUGAACCCUCCCACAGCACCAACAGUGCCAACUACAAUACCUGGUUAUCAAAAUACACAAGGAUUAAUCUUGUCCAAUCCAAUGCCAUUUCCAUAUAAUUUUGUUAUGCCAUUCAACAUGGCAAACAUGCCAAAUAUGCCAAACAUGCCAAAUCUUCCUUUCAAUCAACCAAUGUAUAUGGUAAAUGGUGGUAUGAACCUUAUGAAUAAUCCAAACAAUAGGAAUAAUGCCAAUAAUAAUAACAAUAACAAUAAUAAUAAUAAUAAAUAGUUAACUUAUUAC